AUGGGAAAUAAGUCAGCAAAGGAGUGCAUAUUCUGUUAGAUUAGAGAUUCAAAAGGUAAUUAAGCUCCAUUUUAUGAGGAUGAUGAAAUAUUUGCAUUCGAAGAUAUUAAUAUUGCAUCGUCUAAAAGACAUAUUUUAAUAUGCCCUAAAAGACAUAUUAAAAAUGUUAAUGAACUAAAUUAUUUAGAUAUUGAGUUGGUAAAAAGAUUAGAAUAAGUAGGAAUUUAAACUCUUUAGGAAUCUCAUCCUAAUUAGCAAUAUAGGUUUGGCUAUCAUUCACCUCCUUUAAAUAGUAUUGAUCAUCUUCAUCUGCAUGGAUUUGUUUUACCAAUUUCUAAUUGCUUUAACAAUAAAAUCAUUUAUGGUUAUUUCUUAACUUCAAACCAAUAAAUUAUAAAAAAAUUAGAAAAAUAACAACCAAUGCUAUGA